GGGAGCGGCCGAACGAGGGGCGCGGGAUGUCGGCGACGCUGUACGUGCUCUCCACGCUGGGCGGCUACGUCCUUACCUCAGCGCUUCUCCUCAAGUGCCCGGGGCUGCUCCACCGGCCCAAGCGGCAGCGCUUCCGCUGCCGGCACAUCUCGCACCGCGGUGGUGCUGGAGAGAACCUGGAAAACACAAUGGCAGCCUUUCACCAUGCGGUUAAUAUAGGAACAGACAUGUUGGAGCUAGAUUGUCACCUGACAAAAGAUGAGCAAGUGGUUGUAUCCCAUGAUGAGAACCUGAAGAGAUCAACAGGAGUUGAUGUCAAUAUAUCAGAUCUCAAAUACUCUGAACUUCCUCCAUACCUCUGCAAAUUGGAUGUCACAUUUCAGAAAGAAUGCCACUGUGAGGGUAAAGAUAACCGUAUUCCACUCCUGAAAGAGGUGUUUGAGGCAUUUCCACAAACUCCUGUCAACAUUGACAUCAAAAUGAACAACAAUGUGUUGAUCAAAAAGGUUUCAGAGCUGGUGAGUCAGUAUAAGCGAGAACACUUGACUGUUUGGGGGAAUGCCAAUUACGAGGUUGUAUCAAAGUGUCGUAAGGAGAAUGCUGAUAUUCCAAUCAUCUUCUGUUUGCAACGUGUCCUCCUCCUUGUUGGCCUGUUCUACACUGGUCUGUUGCCAUUUAUUCCUUUCAAAGAAGAAUUCUUGGAAAUUCCAAUGCCUUCAAUCAUCCUCAAGUUGAAAGAACCACAAAAGAUGACAAGAAGCCAGAAAUUUAUUAUCUGGCUAGCUGACACAUUGCUAAUGCGUAAGGCACUUUUUGACCACCUCACUGCACGAGGCAUUCAGGUGUACAUUUGGGUACUGAAUGAAGAACAAGAAUACAAAAGGGCAUUUGAUCUGGGAGCCACUGGAGUGAUGACAGACUAUCCAACAAAGCUUAAAGAAUUUUUACACAAUUAUCCAGCGUAAAGGAAAAAAAUCGGAAAGAGCUUGCAGAAUAGAUUGAGACAAGGAUUUACUUAAAUGUUUUCAGCAAUGUACACCCAAAUCAUUUUGAAAGAUAUAACUGGAUGGUCUAUUGCCUUGUUGUCAAGUUGCUAUAUAAUAUAAAAAUUGUCUAUUUAUUUUAAAAUUUUAAUUGCAUAGUUUACACUUGUAAAUAGUUUGUUUAGCAAGGGUGCACUUCACUAAUAGUGAUGACUAGGAAUAAAGUUGUUGGCUAGAGUACCUGUAGAUCAUAAGCGUUAUUUUACCUGUCACAUGUGUCCCUAAGCAAACAUCAGGGUGUGACAAUUAUUCCAAUCACAUUCUAGUGGGCAGAAACUAAAGAAUUUCUGAAAUCGUAGGCUCUCUAUAUAUUACUUGUGUUGCUUUUAGUUUUCAGAUAACUUGUAGGGCAAAAAGAAAAACAACACAUGGGAGAAAUAGAAAGCAGAAUAUGUGAUUAUCUAGAUAGUUUAGCCUGCAAAGUGUAGUCAGUGAAGGCAGUCACUCUUUUACCAAAAUUAACUCACUUGGUCAAUAUAGAUUUACUCAAUUCUUUCUGAUAAGAAUGUUGAGUUUGAGUUAUGAUUGUAUUUGGUCCCCUUUCUGAAGUGAUGGUAAUACUGUGAUUUAUUGGUCGAGGUCUAGAGUAAGCAUUUAAGCUGGGUUCUGGAGUCACUUGCUGUGUGUUCUGGGCACCCCUACCAGAGUCUAGGUUUGCCCCUGCUUCUGCCAUGCUACCAAGGUAUGGCAGCAGCUAAUUCCCAGAAGGAGGAUUACACCUUCUAUAGACUUUUUGAAAUAAUCUUUUCACAAGGGAAACCUAUAUUUUAGAGACAUCUUUUGCACUUUUGUUGUUCUAAUAUUCUUUGGCUUGAUGGAUGGGAAAUUAUUUUCAGGAUGAGGGAUGAAGACGACUUAAGCUUGGUCAGGAGAUUCAGGAACAACUUAAAAGAUUCCUAGGAGAGUAACUCACCCAAAGCAGAUCUAUAUGUAUACUUGUCAGAGGAGGAGCAGGUGUCAGUCUAGGAUCUGUGUAAACUUACGGUAUUUUCUCUCCACAAGAAUCCAUUCAAUAUUUGUGAAGUUUUUUUACAUGGACACAGGAAUAGGAGGAUUCCCCUACGGGGAACGGGGACAUUCUACUGGAAAAAGUUAGGAAACCCCAAGUGUGACAGAAUAGGGAUAGAUAGGGGCUAGGUGAACAGGUGCCAUUGUUUUUUGGUGCUGCCAUGUUAGUGUUGCGAUUUUUCAGAAAGAAUUUGAUAAUUUUAGUCUAAUUAUACACAAUAACUGAUAUGAAGCUCAGUCACUUAAUCAUCAGAUAUUGCUGGAACAAAGCUAUUGUUCAGUGAUGUCAUUGACUUAUUUUAAGACACUUCUAUGUAGAAGUAGAACAAACUACUGCAUUUAUAGUUUAAGUGAACACAUGGUGAUGGAGGCAAAUGAGUUAAUAGUGUACUUUUUUAAUAUGUAUAUGGCUCUAAAUAGACAUAGAUUCAGUUUCUUCUUAAUUUAAUCAAGCUUGUUGCAUGUUGAACAAAAGAGAGGAAAAAGCAACUUCCUAAGUAUUCCUAGGAAAAAAAGAUUUGAUGAUUUAUUACAUACUAAGCUUCUUAUCUGCCCUUCAAACCAGUUACACUCUGGUCAGAUAACUGCUAAUAACCAAGUUAGUGACAAUUUUGCUUGUUUUCUAAUAGUCAGAGAAUAGUUAUAGAAUAGGCUCCAAAUACAACUCAGUAGGUAAAAGAAAAAAUUCUACCCUUUCUGUCUUAAUUUGGUUACUAUCCAGUAUGUUGUUCCAGAUAGUAAAUUUGUGUGAUUUGGUGUUUUUCUGCUCAAUUUUAUUGUUAUCAGAUAUUCAGCACAUACUUUCAUUAAGAUGCAAACGUAAUUCUAAUUUUAGAGAAUACUACUCUCACUUUAAAAAUAAAACUGUUGUUUAAGAUGGGAAAACCUAAGUUUUACACUCCUGAUUUCUGGACUUGAGCUCUCAAGGGACAGGUGAUAAGUUAUUUUCUUUCAAGUUUCCCUCAUCACUGUGUAAAUCAACUAUUUUGCUAUAGUCUAUAUUGAAUCACAAAGUGUGGUUAUUAAUGACAAACGUGCAUUUUUUUCAUAAUUUCAUUUUAAUUUUCCUUUUUCUUUAUAGCAGUGGAGGAGGAAACUUCUGCCUCAAAGAUGCUCAGCACAUUCUUCAAUCACUAGUCUUCCUAUGUGUGAUGUAGCUUUUGAC